CUUGAUAAUCUGUGACGACGCACAUAUACAAUGUCCGGCAUCUGGCAUAGCCCACAUGUUUACCAAAUUUGUGUCAUUUGCUAUAAAGUGUUAUAAAUUGCUUGGAUUAUGCUGCGCGUUGCGAAACUGGACGAGUCCCGAUGGCAACCAUCUGCUCCACUUGGUUAACUGUACAUGGCAGUGGUGCAUUCUGGACUAUAGAUUGAAACACAAGUGGAGGAUGUUGCAGACCGCUCCACCCCUCCCGCCGACCCUGUAUCAAGACCCAGCGCUACAUAUGAGUGAAGAGAGAUCGGGAAAAAUCUCCCAUGAACACACCCAGCUCUAGACGGGACACACCUGGGGAGAGGUCAUUUCAAAGGGAACAUACGGAUUUAAUUCGCCGUGUGAACACUGGUAUAUCUGCGUGCUGCGAGGAAAUACUAGGAUGACUUGUGCUGGGAGGAAACCACUCACGGACGACGUAAAUAUUUACGUCUUCGCGCACAGCAGUGCUGCUCGCCAUCGGCUAAACUCGUAAACGUACAUCGCGUGGACGGAGUGCGGAGGAACUGCGAUCCUAAUACGGUCCGAAAAGGGAUGAAAUUGUAAUACGGCCGAAAGUAACAUGUCCGUUUUGUAGCAUCGUGCUGUAAUUGUUUGUUAAAGCGGACUGUCAGAGUUUCUGGAGGUUUACGGGACUGUUCUUCUCUUAUCUGUCGUCAUGCCGCAGGCAUCAUAUGAUCUAUUCCCUACCUGAGGGGAUUAAAUAGUUUUUUCACACAAUACAUAAAUCAUGGAGAUUUCACCUAAUUGCCAUUAGACACAUUUGAUAUAAAAUACGUAAUAUUGUUAUUUUUUUUCGCUGUUUUACAAUAGCAAAUUAUUUGGGGCAUGCGGAACGUAUUAUUUUUUUCAAGCAAACAACUGACGUACACGAAGCGACGGUCAAUGAGAGAAAGUUGAACGUACCGGCGGUUUGUAAAUGUGAUGUUCGCUAUAAAAAUAUCUAUUAACGUUAAAUUUCACAGGCUGCUUUGUAACGCAAAUUAGGACUUUGCAAAAUAUGAUUUUGCUGAAAUAUCACUAUUUUGUCUUAUACAUUUAUACUUAAAUUAUGUCAGGUAUUAGAUGACAGGUGUGAGAUGAGCAGCUGGACCUAAGCGGUGCCACGAGACUCGAACAAUUCACCAACAAACUUUUCUGUUUUUCGUAACUGAAUCGUUCAAAAAUGUAAUCUCACAUACAGGACUUUAAAAAGUUGGCCUCAAUUUUUUUCCUGAUUAAUGUGAACACAUUCUGAAAAUAUGUCCAGUCUGGAGGGCCUUUUCCACGGCGAGACUCUAUAACCAAAUAUGGGAGCGAAGCAGACGAAGGCCGCAGGACACGAGGCUGGCGCGAGUCCUCAGAGCGCGGGAUUGAGACGGACCCCGAGCAAAGAGCGCAGUGACAUCCUCGCAUCCCUAAUGUUGAGGCCAGGGGAAAGACUGAGAGGCAGCGGGACUCCACCUCCCUACCAGCGACGUAUCGGGAUGAUACAAGAGAUGAUGCUGCUGGCAAAGCAAGGGAAACACGACGAGGCAACAGAAAUGCUGAAGACCCUUCGGCAGGAUCUGGGAAUGGAGUCGACCUCUCUGGACGAUGUUCUAUAUCGCUAUGCCAGUUUCCGCAACCUGGUGGAUCCCAUUACCCAUGACCUCAUUAUUAGCCUGGCCAAAUAUGUUCACUGCCCAAAAACGGAGGGAGAUGCUUUGGGUGCCAUGGAGAAGGUGUGCCGUCAGCUGACCUACCACCUGAGCCCACACUCCCAGUGGAGACGGCAGGGGCUGCUGAAGAGGAAGCCACAGUCCUGUAUAAAAUCUGUCCUGUCUGGCCCCCCAUCCAGUGGGGCAUUGGACCUCUCCGGCAUUCCUCUUGGAGUGAAAGACAUGGAGCGUCUCUGUGCUUACCUGCAUCACCACGCAUCCCGCAUCGGAAGCCUGGAGCUGGGAUUCACCGAGCUCACGGAUGAGGCCUUUCUUCUACUCCUCCCUACACUGGCAUCUCUUCCCCGUCUAGAGACUUUGGCCCUCAACGGCAACAGGCUAACCCGUGCCGUGCUCAAAGAGCUCACGGACACUCUGAAAGACCCAGACAGCUUCCCCAGCGUCACUUGGAUUGACCUGGGAAACAAUGUUGACAUAUUCUCCCUCCCACAGCCCUUUCUGGUUAGCUUGCGCAAGAGAUGUCCCAAACAGGGCAAUCUCCCUACAAUCCUGGAGUUUGGCGAGAGCCAGGCUAGUGAGCCUGAGGGCAGAGUAGAUGAGGAUGACGCAGAUGAUACAAACAGGACAGAGAGCAUGGGAGAGCUCAGGUCUGAGGUGGAGGAAGGGAUCGACGGUGAAAUGGAGAUUGAAGACAUGAUGGAGGAGUUGCUAGACUUUGACAGGGAGGUGCAAGGAAAGGAUGAGGAUGACAGUAUGUGGACCUUGGAGGAGCAACGGUUGGUGAAAGAUCCACCUGCCGGACGGAGGAAAGAGAAGGUGGUGUCUAAAGCAGAGGGCGAAGAGGACUUGCCUAGUCAGUCUUCCCCUCUGUCCUGCUCCAGCCAAUCACAGCACUCCUCUGGAGCCAUUGAGCCUUUGAGGGAGGAUUCUGUCCCGUACCAGUUAGCGUGUCAUUCAGACAACCCUACCUGAUUAAAACCGCUGUAUAAUUUGAUACGUUUGUAACCUUUAUCCCUUUAAGGAAAGCUUUGUUUAGAAGCUAAGAAAUGCUUGUCAGGCUUUUGAUUGUUUUCAGAUCGGUGCCUAAACUGAGAGGGGGUUGUCCAUGUGCUCAUGGAAUUCAACAGGUUUUUUGAGAUUGACAAUCAGAGCUGUGAUGUAACCGAAUAUGAUAUCACAGUGAUUUCCUACUUUCAAUGAUUGUCUGUAGUUGCAAAAUAAAAAAAAUUAAAGUACACUACUUUUAUGUAGAAAACAUUAUAUAUUCUAUACCUUAUUAAACUCAGUUUAUAAGGUUUUGGUUUAGGUUUCCCCCUCAAUUUCAUAUCCAUAAACCUCUGCCUGUGUGCCUGUUCAACACCCUGCUGGAAAGAGGGACUGGGUGUAGGUGCUCACCUGGGUGUGAUUAUUUUUGCUUAGUGUAAAGAGAUGAACAUGAAUGUAAAAGUCGGCUGGUUUGGGCACCACAUCUUGCAUGAAUCACUGUGUUCAUCUAUGCAUUUAAUUUACAUUCAGUAUUGUCUAUUGGAUAUGCAUAUCCCAGGUGAAUGGGAUGCCGCUGGACCCAUAUUAAGUGCCCCUAAUUUAUACAGUAGCAAACCAAAAUCCCUGGUCAUAGUUCGCCCCAAACCUGUUUGUGUAAUACAUAGCAGUGCUUUAAAAGACUGAAGCCAAAGAGAAACAAACAAAGCAGAACAAAGUGUUGUUUGGCUACACAAUAGCAUACUAAUAUGCUGUUGUUGCUACUUGAGAUGGAUUUUGAAGCCUGUGUAAAGUUUCCCAGCUCUGUACUUUAGCAUAGUUACUUAAACCACUGAGUUUUUACUUCUAUUUAUCCAUUGACAUUUAAAGAUAAAAGUAUUUCAUAGUAUAAACAUCUAUUUAGUGCCUAAACAUAAACUAAAUUUGACUCAAAUUGUAAUUUGAUAUACUCUGUAGAAAAUGGAAAAGUUUGUAAUUUCAAAGAUGUUAUUUAAAUAACAGUGUAUAGUAUUUGCCACAUAUCUUAUUUUAGCAUUUAAAUCCUAUUGAGAAUUAGUAUUUACUAUACCCAUUUUUACUUAAUGGGACAGUUUCCCAGACAGAGAUUAGCUUAAACCAGAACUAGAUCUUAGUUUAAUUAUGAAAUAUAACUAAUGUUAACAAACAUGCCUUACAAAAAAACAUUACUUUUGCGCAUUUUGAGGCAAAAGAAAGGGCACUGAUGUAUUUAAAGAUAUGUCAGUGCAAGUUCUUUUCGUUUUUGGAAAGCUCUUAUAUUUAUUUAAGUCUAGGACUAGUCUAAUCCCUGUCCGGGAAACCACCCCAAUAUCUUUUGAUUUUUUUAAUGGGAAUUGUGUUUUUUUCCUCAACAAAGUUGUCACGACAUAAUAUUUUGUUUCCAGAGCACGUAUACUUUAAUGCUCACCAGGUAGCCUCGAAAUAUCCUGCUGUUGCAAAGCCAUAAUUUUGGGCAAAUUCUGCCAUAUGAAAAGGGAAAUAUAUUGAACAAUGCAUUAUAAAACUGUGACCAGAUAAAAGUAAUUUAGUUUUGUCAGUAUUUCUGUCAGCUUGUGUUUCCACAAUGGUUAAUAAACAAUGUUAGUACAACAAAUUGCAUACAGGAACAGCAAUAUGUGAAUUUCAUUUGUAAACAAACUAAAUGUAUUUGACUGUUGGCAUCAAAAACCAAUAAACCUUUAACAAAUAUA